GGACGCUUCAGUGGGUCAGCUGUCACAGACCUCCAAGCCUGCUCGCAAGAUAGAGGCGCUAGCCGGGUGAUCUCAUUCAACGCUCCAACUGAACGCGUUUGUAGGUUAUCCAGCAGUGGUCAAAGCCCUUGAGACGAAACAAGAAGACCCCGAGCAGCAACGAUGUCUAAGGACCCACAGGAAGGGACGAGCGAGAAGAUCAUGGACGAGGAGACCAAAGCGUUGUGGUACCCAGACUCUAAGAAAAACACGCACAUGAACAGGUUCAGGGCACACAUCAAUAAGGAUUACGGUGUCGAUCUAGCCAACUACAAUGAUCUCUAUCAGUGGUCGGUGGACAGCUACCCAGACUUCUGGGCCGAAGUCUGGAGUUUCUGUGGCAUCGUCAGCUCCAGCCCGUAUGAGGAGGUGAUCGAUGUGACCAAGCGGGUGUCGGACGUUCCUGAGUGGUUCAAAGGAGCCAGGCUCAACUAUGCAGAGAACCUGCUGAAACACACAGACCUGGACAAGGUGGCGCUCUACGCUUCCAUGGAGUCUAACGAGGAGGUAACCAAGGUGACGUUUGGGGAGCUGCGGCGGGACGUGGCCCUGUUUGCGGCGGCCAUGAGGAAGAUGGGCGUGCAGACGGGGGACCGGGUCGCAGGUUACCUGCCUAACGGCAUCCAUGCGGUGGAGGCCAUGUUGGCCGCCGCCAGCAUCGGAGCCAUCUGGAGCUCCACCUCCGUGGACUUUGGAGUCAACGGCGUUCUGGACCGGUUUUCCCAGAUCCAGCCGAAGCUGAUCUUCUCAGUGGCGGCGGUCAUCUACAACGGCAAAACCCACGACCACAUGGAGAAGCUGACCAGUGUGGUCAAAGGACUGCCUGACCUGAAUAAAGUGGUGGUGAUUCCCUAUGCACGCACCAAAGAGGAGACAGACAUCUCAAAGAUCCCCAACAGUGUGUUUCUGGAUGAAUUCCUGGCCUAUGGAAUGGGCGAGGGAGACCAGUUUCCCCAGCUGGAGUUUGAGCAGCUGCCCUUCAACCACCCGCUGCUCAUCAUGUACUCCUCUGGGACCACUGGCGCCCCCAAGUGUAUGGUCCACUCUGCUGGGGGGACACUUAUUCAACAUCUCAAAGAACACAUUCUCCAUGGCAACAUGACCAGCAGCGAUGUCAUCAUCUAUUACACCACGACGGGCUGGAUGAUGUGGAACUGGCUGGUGUCCUCUCUGGCCGUCGGGGCGUCAGUGGUUUUAUAUGACGGCUCACCGCUCGUCCCCACGCCCAACGUACUGUGGGACCUCACAGACCAGCUGGGCAUCACUAUCUUAGGUACUGGAGCCAAGUGGUUAUCUGUGUUGGAGGAGAGGAACCUGAAACCUGUGGAGACCCACAGUCUGCAGUCGCUCCACACCAUCCUGUCCACCGGUUCUCCUCUGAAGCCCACGAGCUACGACUACGUCUAUGGCUGCAUCAAGAGCACUGUGCUGCUGGGCUCCAUCUCAGGCGGUACAGACAUUGUGUCGUGUUUCAUGGGUCAGAACCCCAGCGUCCCGGUGUACCGCGGUGAGAUCCAGUCCAGGAACCUUGGCAUGGCAGUGGAGGCCUGGAGCUCUGAAGGUAAGCCAGUGUGGGGGGAGAGUGGGGAGCUGGUGUGUCUGAAGCCCCUCCCCUGCCAGCCCACACACUUCUGGAAUGACGACAGCGGCGCAAAGUACCACAAAGCCUACUUCUCUACAUACCCAGGUGUGUGGGCCCAUGGGGACUACUGCCAGAUCAACCCUAAGACCGGAGGCCUUGUCAUGCUGGGCAGAAGCGACGGGACCCUGAACCCCAACGGAGUGCGUUUUGGGAGUUCGGAGAUCUACAACAUUGUGGAGGCCUUCGAGGAGGUGUGUGACAGCCUGUGUGUCCCCCAGUACAACGCGGACGGGGAGGAGCGGGUCAUCCUGUUCCUGAAGAUGGCCCCCGGCGAGGCCUUCUGCCCGGCCCUCCAGCAGCGCAUCAGGGGCCACAUCCGGAGGGCCCUGUCGGCCCGCCACGUCCCCGCCCUGCUCCUGGAGACCAGGGACAUACCGUACACCCUGAGUGGGAAGAAGGUGGAGGUGGCGGUGAAGCAGGUCCUGGCCGGCCGCGAGGUCACCCAGAGGGGGGCCUUCUCCAACCCCGACUCCCUGGACCUCUACAAGAACAUUCCAGAGCUGCAGAACUACUGAAGGAGGAGGACGCAGGGGUCCCCCGGUCCAGAGCCCGCACCCCCAGACCACAGACGGGGACGGGGACUGGGGGUACAAUUCCAAAAGGAAUAUUUUUUUAUUUCUACACUGGGAGAGACUUUUAUUUGUUGACUGGAUCUGCUGAGGCAUACCCAACAACAAAAUGAUACAUAUUUUUAUGCGAUAUGUUUGAAAUAAUAAUGCAUUCAAUGUAUGGAUCAGGUGGAGAGUUUUAUGUUACUUGGUCUACAGCUUGCUGGCUCUCCGUGCUUGUGAUCAAAACGUUGUGCUUCGAAUGAGUUCAUAAUGCAAUCUGUGCACACAGAAGAAGAGAAGAUAAUUGAUAUCUAGUGAGCAUCUUUUAUUUUUAAUUCAUACAAACCAGUGGGCUCUCGAGUCCCAGUGCCCCCCCCUUCCUAAUGGGACCAACAAAAACUUAGUGUGUAAGGUACACACACAUUUCUGAAAGCCGUCGGUAAGCCUUAGCUUCCGCUGGUAAUGCCCCGUUGUGGUGAGUUCGUUUUUAAUUUAGUCAUUGUAGAUUGUGCUACUAGUUAUUCUAUCUCACUAACUACUUCUGGUUUGUCCAUAGCAGAACAUUGUUCUGUUAGUUUUAAGUGCAUCAUGGUCUUGGUACUCAAUUUAGAUGUAGAUCCGUACAGGUGUAUAUAAGGGAACCUCAACAAUACCUGUAACCUGAAGGUUACACUCCUCAGAGUGUCGAGGUGUCCCUGAGCAAGACACCUCACCCUAACUGCUCCCGACGAGCUGGCUGUCGCCGUGUGAGGUUGACUCCGCCGUCGGUGUGUGAAUGUGUGUAUGAAUGGUCGCCUUGGACAAAAGCAUCUAAUGAAUGCCCUGAAUAUAAAUAUAAUAACUAAAUCCUGAAA